AAAGUGAAUGAAAAAAGAAGUGAGUGGAAAAGGGCAAACCAAUAGGCAAGCGAACGAGAACUGUCUUUCCAUCAACCAAAAUGUUUCCAUUUUUGUUGAGACGGAGGUGUUUGUUUAGUUUCCUGGCUGUGUCUGGACAAGGACAGGAGAAGGCCAAGUCGGGCACGUAUUAUGGAAAGAAUGAAAAAGAAGGAAGCAUAGAAGCGACAGGCGACAGAAGGUCAAGGUUUAGGAAAGCGCCGUUGAUGUGAAGAGGUAGGGAUGACAAAUACGAAAACGAAAAUGAAAGAAAAAACGCAAAAGGUGAACAAGCUGGAAUGUCAGGAAAAUAACGGGAACAUGAUCGAAAAGUGUCGGUGUUGUUGUGGCCGCGUAGCGUGAUGCGGCUUCCGGUGGCUCGGGGCAAGCUGCUCUCCGUGCAGCUGUGCCGCCCAUACCAACUACAGCAGCUGCAUCUACACCUGCCACCGAUCUGCCGUUUGCUACUUCUGCUGUUUGUAUUCAUAACGACAACUGUUAGCCGGGCUGCUGCCUCAUUUAGCUGCCAUCAAAGCUGCCACUGUAUUUGGCGGAAUGGAAAAAUGUCUGCCACCUGUACGGAACUAGGUCUUGCAGCCCUACCGACAGAGUUAGAUGAAGGCGUUCAGGUGCUAAACAUGUCAUGGAACAAUCUGAAGGCGCUGCAGAACAACCAGGUCGCGAACGCGGGCCUCGUCAACCUACAAAAGCUCUAUCUUAGCCAGAACCAGCUGCGCGAGCUGCAGGAGCACGCAUUCUAUAAAAUGAAUAACCUUGUUGAGCUAGACCUUAGCAACAAUAAACUCGGUGCAGUGCCAACAAAUGCCUUUAAACACCUUGUCAGCCUCCGACACCUUUUACUAAAAGGCAACCCAAUUACGGUAUUAGCAGACGCAUCGUUUGCUCACUUACGGAGCCUUAGCGUCCUCGAAUUGAGUUCAUGCAAGAUUGAGACGGUCGCCCGGGACGCCUUUGCGCAGCUGGGAAGCCUACAGGUGCUUAAACUUGACGACAACCUCAUCAGCUUUAUAUCCGCCCACACGAUGGCACCGCUUUCUAAGUUGCAUGGCAUCUCCCUUGACGGCAACGCCUGGAACUGCGAUUGUCGACUACGACCCUUCCGGGACUGGCUAUCGCAACACCAUCCGACUUCGUACUCUCCAACUUGCCACCAGCCCGAAACGAUCAGAGGCCUCUCGUGGGAGAAAACGCCCGACGCUGUUUUUUCGUGCCCGCCCAAUUUUACGCUCAACGCUCAGGACUAUAAGGUACACACGGGAAGCAACCUGACCUUGUACUGCGAAGCAUGGGGAAUGCCUGCACCGCAUUUACAAUGGUUCGUAGGGGAUACAGCGCAGGAAGGCAAAGUAAUGUCUAUUAACGAUUCCCUCGCGGCAUCGCAGCUGUAUUUGAGUGACGUUAGCACUCUUAACGGUGGAACUUACACUUGUCGGGCUACGAACUCGGCUGGCGGAAGCCAGCUGAACUUCACGGUACAAGUGGCAUCCAUUGGAGACGCCCACGAAACUCACAUGGCCUCAACUACAACGAAAGGAAGUGUCAGAACUCUUCCCGACGGUCAUGGCUACUAUUCAAGCAACGCUGGCUUGAUUGGGCUUAUCCUUGGCAUCAUAACGGUGUCGCUUGUCGUUUUGUCCGUUGUCGUUUUACUUCUCUGGAGCUGUCGUCGAGGCAGCCCUCAUCAUAAUAGCGUUCUGCAGGAUAAGCGAGGGAAAACGCCAGAUACAGCCGCAGCGCUUGGAAGUGGCGAAGUAGAACCGCUGAAAGCAGCCGAAGCAGCCGAGGAUAUACCCCCACAGAAACCACCGCGCGCACAGCCAGACUACGAGUGUGUCACACCCGCAGUUCUCGAUCUUGACAAUAACGCUUCCAUGCGCACGAGUUCGUUAUAUGCGGCCAACCCGUAUUGUUGCCGAGACCGGCGCAGCCUGGCGUCGUGCGGUGGUCCUAUCCCUGUUCCAAUGCCACUAUUGCCAGCAUGCGCAACCUUGCCUCGUGAUCGAAGGCCGCUAUCGCUAAGUCCGGCUGAAUUCGCAGGCCAGAUGCCAAAAGAUUUUAGCAGUCUGCGACCACUCAACCUGAUGAACCAAUCUAACGUGAGGGGACAAUAUUCUUCUUUCAGAUCGCUUGAUCUAUGCGGAGGCCAGGCUCAGAUGCCUACUGGGGUAGUUUCGUACAAAGAUCCGGACCUCGUAAGUAGCGGUGCAUAUCGAGCCGAUUCGGCAACCCCCGGCUCCGAAGUGCAGGAUUGUAGCAUAUCGCAAAGCUCGAGUACAGCCCCGUUGCUCGCUUCGCCAGACCUGCUCGUCGACCAGAAUGAUCAUCCGUCUGCGUACUUCAGAUCUCCGUCAGUGCUAAGCACCGUUCCCGAGGCUCAGGAGCCUGUGGCACCUGACGGUACCCAGGUGUAACUAAAUGAAGGACAACCCGAACUAGGGUGAACGGUAUUCAGGGGGUAUUCCCCGCCUGAAGAAGGAGUAUUUCGGCAAAGUUCGCGCGGCUUAGGAAAUUCAGAGUGAGAUGACAGAAGCGGGUGUAGUCGGCGGCAGGAGAGAUUGCGGAAAAAUUGCUUCUGUCCGAUUUAGCGGACGGCUUUCGUCCCGCUGUCAGCGACAGCAGAAGAGACACUGACGGAAGCACAAGGAUCAGUGGCAGUACGACUGUAUGCGGCAGAAGCGAAGUCAAAGUAGCUGAGAGAACAUAUCUCUGCACACUCGAUCGAUCGAUCGAUCGAACGAGAGAGACUGGAGGCUUAAUUUGGUGCCAGAAUUCAAAUGCAACAAGAAGCCACUAAUACUGACAACCAAGUAAAAUAUCCAAAAUGCACGCGGGCCGAAUAUGAAGAAAAAACUACACGUGUUAUAUUAAAAAAAAAAACCUGAGAAAAACAGAACGAGAAAUAGGGAAAAUAAAAUAAUAAUCAUAGUAGGUGAAAGGGAACGACGACUGAUUAUUACGAUGCGCAGCUUGUAAAUUGUACAAAACAUAUUUUGUAGAAGGCGGUGAGGCUACGCUAUACUAAAUGGAAGGCAGCCACCUGAGGUCCUGAGAUAGAAACGGAAACGAAGUUAAGUCGGAGCACAAUUCCAGAUCGAGAAUGAAAUUGGAUGGAGAGAAACGACACUGCAGAAAUCACCUAAAAGGCAUAACUUACAUGCAAACGAACUGCAGUGUGAUUUAGGAAAAACUGAAAAAAUGAGGUAAACUUAUGUAGCUGCUUGAUGCUAUCACGUGGUUACUUAGUGCAGCCAUAAUGUGCGAUUUGGCAAAAAGGGGACGAACAUAAAAAUGUAGGUGAUUUUAAUUGCGCUAAAAAGGUAGUACAUGAUAUAAUUAAGAAGUGGUGUAUUUAUUGUGCAAAUUUUUGGACAGUUCUGCGGAAUGCACGACUGGCAUGAAUAUACGGGAGUUUUGGAUGUUCUUCCUAUGGAAGGGUGGAUUGACACAAAGGUAAAGAGAAGAAACGUAUAGUAACAAUCGGAAAAUUAUACCUGUAAGGAAAGUUGCAGCACCGGUCCGGAGGAAGAAGCAGUGCAUCCAAACGGCUACAUCUGAUGGUGAGCAUAAUUAUAAUGAUAAAAGUAACGGGUAAUGAUCGUAAUGGCGGUGAUGACGAUUAGCAGAACGAUGAUGUUGAUGAGCUCAAUCGUAGCUAGUAAAGGCGCAUUAUGUUCUUCUGACAAACGCCUUGUUGUUAGACAUAGUAAAGCAAAUAAGCAAACAAAGGAGUUCGACAAAAUGAUGAAAAGAUGCGGCUAGUCUCGUACAAGCGUCCGUGGAUCACGCGAAAAAUAUUUCCAUGAACAGGGAGGGGGACGGAUAAGAGGUGGGCAAGGUGAAACAAAUAACAAAACACGACAAAAAAUAUGUAAAUUUUGUAUGGUAGUGUAUGUAUGAAGUAUGUAUAAAAAAAACCCAAAAGUAUUAGCGUGGGUCAAAAAGUGCUGAUAAUGAAAUGAAAAGCUGGAUGAAAUAAAACAAGAGGCAUUCCAAAUGAAAGGGUAUGGGCAAGAAAGAGUGGAUGAAACCGUGAUGUACGUGUGAAUGUGGGGAGUGUAUCAAAACGGUGCGGGAAAACCGACUAACAUAAAGAACAGAAAAAUGCAACAAGAGAGCGAAGGAUGGAAAUAAAGAUGAAAAUCAUAAGAAUCUUUUUUGUACAGUUAGCUUUGUAACAAAUAUAAAUUAACUGGGGAAACGCUAGCGAUGGCGCCCGACCAGGACAUUGUGCUGACUACGAAGGGAAAGUGCAAGAAAGAGAAGGAGAGAAAAAAAAGGCGAGAAAUAGGAAGAGAGAAUGCACGUAAGGAAGAAAGUCUGCUGUGACAAGUAUAGGAACGUCACCCGUCUGCUGUAGGACGCGGCGUAAUAGCCGGCAAAGCGUUGUUGCUCUGCGAAUUGAAGAAACGAAGUAGCAUAGCUUUAGCUAGCAAGAAGAAUCAAGCCGAAGGCCACAGAUUGCCAAUAUUCGGCCACGACUUUCCCUUUCAGGGGUAGUGACUGACUUUCACAUAACUGAAGUGGCUGUUGUAUAUACGCAAAUUGUAUUAUGCCCAUCUCCAGAAAAGAAAGCGCACGGAAAACACACUAAAUGUUUAUUAGUGUCUCUAGCCGAAUGUAUUAUCGAUAUAAUGUAUAAAUAAACGAUUACAUACACGAUUAAGCAGUG